AAAAUAAAAAUAAAAAACCCAAAUUACGCUCCCAACCCUUUCCCUAAACACCACUUCGCAACCCAAAAUUUACACUUCUUCUGCUACUGCUGCUGCCAUUUCUGCUUUCAAGAUAUGCGUAAGCUUCCUUCUUCUUUUAUUUUUCGUUCCGUUGUUAAUGCUGGAAGCCAUCUUUCUAAUUUCCACUCUUUUUCUUCUUCUUCUAACACCAUUGCUACCCACAUCGAAUGCCUAAGUAAGAAACCCAUGUCCAUGCCUGUUAGAGGAAAGGGAAAAAGAGACCACCGCUUCGAUAAUGUUGAUCAUGCUUUGAUUUUGUUCAAUAAGGUGAUUGAAAAGUACCCAAAGCCUUCAAUUGUGGAAUUCACUAAAUUAUUUGCAGCCAUUGUUAGAAUGAAACAUUAUGCCAUUGUUGUUCCUAUGUGUAGCCAGAUGGAAUUAUUAGGCGUUUCCCAUAAUGUUUAUUCUGUGAACAUCUUGACAAAUUGCUUUUGUCAAUUAGGUCGAAUUGAUUUUGGGUUUUCUGUUUUGGGGAAAAUGCUGAAGUUAGGUGUUGAGCCUGAUGUUGUAACUUUUUCAACUUUGAUAAAUGGGCUUUGUAAUCAAAGUAAGAUUUCUGAGGCCGUUUGUAUGUUCGAUGAAAUGACUGAAAAAGGGUAUCAACCUAAUUUGAUUGCGUACAGUAUAGUACUUAAGGGGUUGUGUAAGACCGGCAAUACUGAUAGAGCUGUUAGGUUUCUAAGACUGAUGGAAGGCAGAGGUUAUGAACCCGAUAUUGUAGCAUAUAGCACUGUCAUUGACUGCCUUUGUAAGAACUGUUUGUUACAGGAGGCUCUCAAUCUCUUAUCUGAAAUGAAGGGUAAGGGCAUUAGACCAAAUAUCAUUACUUACACUUGCUUAAUUCAUGGUAUGUGUAAUUCAGGCCAGCAGGAGGAGGCAACAAGGCUUUUGAAUGAAAUGGUGGAUAACAAUAUUUCACUUGAUAUUGUCACAUGUACUUUAUUGCUUUAUGCUCUUUGCAAUGAAGGAAUGAUUUCUAAAGCUGUAGAGACCGUUGACAUGAUGAGAAAGCAAGGCAUUGAGCCUAAUGUUGUCACGUAUAAUACAUUGGUUGAUGCGCAUUGCAAGGAAGGGAUGGUCUCUGAAGCUGAGGAUAUCAUUGACGCAUUGAUAAAGCGAGGCAUUGAGCCUGAUGUUGUUACCUAUAGUGCAUUAGUUAAUGGUCAUUGCUUGCAGAAUAAAAUGGAUAAAGCUAGAAGAGUUUUCAACUUGAUGAUUGAGAAGGGUUGUGCACCUGAUAUAGUUACUUACAGCACCAUGAUCAAUGGAUACUGCAAAGGUAAAAGAGUAUGUUUCAGUUAGGGAAAGUUUCAACUGCAUGUGAACUUUUUAGAAAGAUGCUUGCUUCUGGACAAGUUACAGAUAUAGUGACCUGUUUGAUUUUGCUGAAUGGUUUAGGCAAAACUGGUCAUAUUGAGGAGGCAUUGAAACUUUUUCAAGCAAUGCGAAACGGUGGGUUGGAACUUGAUAUUGUCCCAUAUAAUAUCCUAAUUGAUGGGUUGUGCAAAGCUGGGCAUAUCGAAUUUGCCAAGGAAUUAUUUCAUCAACUCUCAGACAAUAGUUUAAAACCGAAUGUUGUCACAUAUCGUAUAAUGAUUAAUGGACUGUGUAAAGAGGGAUUGGCAGAUGAAGCAUACAGGUUGUUUGGGAGCAUGGGAGAUAAUAACUGUUUGCCUAAUAGCUGCUGUUAUAAUGUAAUGAUUCGGGGGUUCCUUCGCAACAGCUAUACCUCGAAGGCAACACAACUUCUUACGGAAAUGGUUGGUAAGGGCUUUUCUGCAGAUAUAUUCACUGCCACCUUAUUUAUGGAUCUUAUCAUAUACUCUAAUAAAUCAAUCUUGCUCUGAAAUAUUUCACAAAAUGUGUAAAGAUCAUCACUUGCAAUGUGAAUCAGUUGUACAUAACCAUUGCACAGUGAUAAAAGAUUGUGGAAACUAGAAUGAGGUUUAGUGUCUAUUUUCAAUAUUGUUGAUUUUGUUCUGA